CCACCCGCCCCCUUCCCCCGCGGGUUGUAGGUUGUGCGGCGGCUCGAAUAAUACCGUCCUCGCGAGUUAAAACCGUUGUAAAUGUCAUGGUCGUGUAGGCCUCUCGCUGGCCCUGCUCUGCACUCGGGGAAAGUCUCGGUGUUUCUCUGGCUCGAGCGGGCCGGCGGACGGUAUUCACGAAAGUGGUAGUCUCGGACGGACGGCACAGCAAAUCCGGUUUGUGCACGAUUCAAAUUUGACCCAGGAUUCAGGAGCUCUACAAAUCAGAUAGUGAGUAAUGUCUGGAAAGGAUACAAAGCACAAGAAACCAAAGGAUAAGUUGCGAACGAAACACAAGAAAAUGAAGGAUAAAUCACGAACAAAGAAGUCCCGGAAAUCCAGCGUCGAUCGUGAUAAGAAGAAAAGUAAAAGUGACCAGACUGGCAGUAGAGAGAGUCCAUCACCUCGAAAAGAAGUCAGAGGAAAACGAAGCCAUCAUGAUCGAGAUUCUUCCACUGAACGCAAGCAGUCUGUGGAAGAGCAUAAACCAUCCUAUCUUAGCCACUCUGACUCCGAGGGCCACGAUUCCAAGAACAGGGAUGAUGUGAAAUCGAAAAAAUGUAAGUACACGGAUGAUGCAUCUUCGUUGGAGGGACCUUCCUCAUCGAAAUCGUCAAAGAGACACAAGUCGAAGCAUAAGAAGCACAGAAGGCAUUCACCAGCAGAAAAGAAGAAAGAAAAGCACCGACACAGAGAAGACGAAAAAGUGUCACCUGACACCGCUAGCGCUGUAGACCAAACUGGUGAAUCCCUUACACCUAAGGCAAAGCCUCCAGUGGAGAAGGAUCCAGAGGCCCUGAAGUCUAAAGUAAUUGAGCAGCUUCAUAGCCCUUCACCUGAGCAGCCGCAAACCAAUUCGGAACACCAUCUUGGAAAAAAGUCUCCUCCAGAAGAAACUCAAGAAGUCGCAGAAGAAAUUAGUAAGGAAGGUGAAAAUCAACCUUCCUUAACAGAGCCUUCGCAAACAGUGAACAAGAAAGUUGAGGACAAUGUUGCUUCCGAAUCUUACAAGCAACAGCAAAGUGCAAAACAGACACAAGAUUUACAAGAACAGCACAAGGAGUCUACUCAAUCAGACAAACCACACAAAGAUUCAGGAGAAAGUCUAACAAAAUGUGAAGAGGUAGAUGUUCUCAAUACAAAAUCUAGUCAUCUUGCGAAAUUACGCGAAAAUCCCGGAAGAUUGUUUGAUCCAUGGAAGGUAAACCUCCCCAAAGCUAUCCAAACUGCAGGAAAUUCGAGUGAAGGAGGAGUGAAAAUUCUCGACUGGCAGAAAUGUGAUAAAAUAAAUAAUCAUUUGAGAAGACUCCGGAAGGAAUCUAGAAAAUUAGAGCGAUUGAAGGAUGUAUCCAAGAAUAAAACGCUCAAAAUGUCAUCAAAAUCCAGUGGUCCUUCUAAAACCUCAGCGAUUGAAAAAUCCAUUAGAUCUGGUGGUGGACCAACAAGUUUAGGGUCAUCCAAAAGAUCCCUGUAUGAUCAGACAAGCACCAAAUUAGUUUAUGACGAAGGAGGUUUGGGGUAUCAGGAUAAAUCCACAGUCUCAAAUGUGCCUCAGACGCCAGAACUUUGUGGAAGAGCUGAUGCUGGGACAUUUCCAGCUAGUAGUUCUGAAGAAGCUGUGGGAUACGAAUCCUCUCAGCAACCAGCUGAAAGGUUUCAAAGCUUUAAAAUUCCCAAAAAGGUCCUUAAUAAAGACGCCUUUUCACAGAUGGCUUCCAAUGAGCUUUUAACUUCGAAAGGCACUCAGUUGAAAGGUAAAACUUCAGACGAUGCUGCAACUUCUAGUUUAGCUUGUUCGGCGACAGAUGAAGAAAGCUCUGGGAUCAAGUUGGAUUACACCUGGUCCUCGCAACACCCGGACUCUCAGAGAACAACCAGAUCUUUUUCCACUGUGCCAGUUCAUGAUAUGGAGACUGAUGAAGAGAUGGAGAUCGUGGAAGAGCUCCACACAGCUCGGUAUGAGAGAAUCCUAGAGGUGGAGGUGGAUCAGAGUUAUGGAGAGCUGACCAGGAUGGAGAUAGACCCUCCGCAAGAAUUGAAAAUUUCAUUCCCGUCUCAAGUAUCUUCUCAGCGUGAGCUUAUCGUUGUCCUUGACACCAACAUUUUCAUCAGUCAUCUCAACUUUAUCAACACUCUAAGAGACAUUGAGAUUCCAGGUUUGGGUUUCCCAAUUAUACUCAUCCCAUGGGUAGUUCUACAAGAGCUGGAUGCAUUGAAAAAUGGAAAGCUGUCUGGAGGUGUCAAUCGCAAAGCUGUGCCCGCUGUACAGUUCAUUUUUUCCUGUUUCCAGAGUCGAAGUCCAAACAUUUGGGGUCAGUCUAUGCAGCAAGCGGCGAAAGGGAUGUAUGGUUUAAGAGAUGAGAACAAUGAUGACCGUGUGUUGCAGUGUUGCCUGCAGUACACUGAGCUGUACCCAUGUGCUCAUAUCCUCCUGUGCAGUGAUGAUAAAAACCUUUGCACUAAAGCCCUUGUUAGUGGUGUCAGAGCAGUGCGGAAGGUUGACCUCAUAACAGAGUUUAACAACUUGAAGCCCAAUAGAGAUGUCCCAAAUCCUAAGGAGCUAAACAUCUCCGAGCAGCCUCAGGCAGAGACUAGCAGAAGAGAACAAAAUGGAACCACACAAGAGUCACUGCUGAAUGUUGUUGACAUUUUCACCCAGCUGGAAAAGACGCUGGGGAUCGCUCUGUCAGCCAUUUUGGAAACUGAGAUGAAAAUUGCAUAUGAAGAGCUCUGGAUGGAGGUAAUAUUUCUGAAGCCACCUUGGUCCUUAAGCGACCUGUUACAGUGUAUGAAGAAGCACUGGAUCGCUGUGUUCGGCAUAAUUGUGAAAAGAAAUUUGCUCAGCAGCGUUGAGAUAUUGUGUGACCAUUUUCAUGCAGGCAGGAAGACUGAGUACAAUUGCCUUGUUCUCACCUGGUUGCUGAAUGAAUGCCAAAACCUGUUGCAUGCUUUCAGCUCAAGGUCGGAUUAUGGGGGGGUGCUCCAGGAAACCUUUACUGUAAUGAAUGAGCUAUAUCAGAAGGUAUCUGAGAUGAAGGAUGGAAGUAAAAUAGAUCAAAAUGCAAAAUCUUCAAAAAAGCCACAAGAAUCACAUGAAAUGCAGGAAAAAGUAAAUGAGCCUCCUUUGAACUCUGAUCCAGGGAGGAACGCAACCUUGGUGCCUUUAAACUCUAACCAUGCAUACGGGCAGGAGAUGGAGAAUUCACGAAGCUUUAUGAGAAGUCGAGAAAUCUGGGCCACCUUUGAGAACAUUUGGACUAUAAUAAGUCAAUACAGCUCUAUAAUUUUUGCAACCUUUAGCCUCCCUCACAACCCUACGGCCUCUUUAAUGAACUCCAAGCUGCCGCUUCCUCAGGAAGCGUUCAUGUGCCUGCAGAGGUUGAUGCCUGCUGUAAAAGAACUCCUGGCAGCAAUUCAAAGAAUUAUGUGUUCUGACAGCAGUGUUCAAGAUUUUCAGAAGUUGGCUGAGACCGUACACAACUUUUUAAAUUACGCUGAGGCAAAAUUUUCUAUUUCUAGGAUAUUUGCUCAGGAGCUGUAUGAAUGCUUCACACAUGAGGAGUACAGGAAGAAGCUAAUAGUCGGAUGCAGCCAGCUGGCUGAAGUAACCUACAGCUUGGAACAGUGCAACACAGCAAUCUGUCUGGAGGCCAGGAACAGGGGUUGGAUUUGAUGCUGCUGAACAAUAGGACAAAAAUGCUUCUUUGUGAACUCGGUUUUGUUCAUGUUUCUUAUUUUCAACUAACGCUCAACUUUUUGAGAACAAGGUUAUUCUCUGUAUCAGAGGGAACGAUGUAAAGUGUUUGUUAAAGUGCUAUUUAAAUAAACAAAUGUUCAGGUUAUGCACUCACCACUACAACACAAGAUAUACAGUGUGUGAAGAAACACCAGGCCUGACAUUUCCCAUGAUUUAGCAUUUUCUUUCCUUUUCGAAGUCCUUAGACAAGGAUUGUAAGCCUAGAUGCAUUAUUGAGCAUUGGUUCUGUAUUCGUUCUCAGGAUGUGUAAUUAAUUUGCCCAGACUGGCAACAAUUCAUAGUAAUGCUUUGUCCGCUUCAUUUGCAAUUUUACGGAGGCCUUUUUUUUAAAAAAAAGAAACAUCUGACUAAAAUAUUGCAUUUUAACCCUUGCUGAAACUCCUGAGGACUAUGUGUUCUUUCGGACCGGUUAACCACUGACAUUCUAGGCAACGAUCCAGCUACAAGUGGGAUUUCUGCCAGUAAUACGUGGGCUGUGUAGUAUGUAAAAGGGAGCAGAAAAAAAGAUAUGUCUGCAUUUAUAGUUUUCAUAUUUCAUUCGCGUUUUUACAGAUUUUUUUAACAAUUCGCAGAAAUUUUAGUCACUAAAUUUAGCAGAUUUAAUUGUUGUUCUUGUUUUGAGUACAAAAUCUGGAUGAGUAAUCUAUUAUUGAGUGUGUCAAGGAUCGUAAGGGUGUUAAGGGAAAAGAGAUUGGCAAAAAGCUCUCCAGUCCCUAGCAAGUGCAGCAUCACUUGCGUUAAUUGGUAUUAACUUGCCAGUCUCACUCAAAGGGUAAGAUUAUGGCUGAUGUGCUGAACACAACUCUUACUUGGUGGGGUUACACAAAGGGUGAAGUAGGGCAGUCCACAUAUAACCCCUUUCCUGGGUCUGUUCUCUUGUUUUGGCUGCUUACCAACUUUGCAAAAAAAAGUUAAAUAGCGGUUUAUUUUUUCUCUUUUUAAAAAAAAAUGUGUAAGACAAUCUGUGAUGAGCCUAAACUUGUAGCUGGCAAAUACUGUAUUCAUGUAUUAAUUUUUCUACUGUUUGAUGUCCCUCUGGAGCUAUAAAAUGUGUAGAGCCUGAGACUAGUCCUCUGAUCCCUGUUCUUGGUGUCUGUUGAUAUACAGAGAUUUGACAGACCAGGCACGCUGCCACAGAUUUUCAGCCGAGAUAAGGAAAGAGCACCAUAGUGGAAAAAAGUAUGGUUAGCAUUUAGAAGUCUAACUCCAGCCAACAGUCCAAUUGCAACCUGUAAAUGUGCAAAGAAACACUCACAUAAAAUCCAUUGGGAUUGUGGUAGGUCAAAGACUGAAGCAAGUCCAGAUACUACCAUGUGGAGGACCUUGAUGAUUUACUGAUGGUGGUGGAUAACCCUACAGAGGUGGUGUAUCAUUCCUGUUCCUGCUACUAUCAUACAGUUACAAUAUGCGACACAGUAGGAGACAUAUUGAAGUAUUGAAUUACGAAUGGUGUUUGCUCCUCCAAUGAAGCCACUUAUCCUAACCCCCAAUUCCCCGUAUGACCAACGAGUGACCGUCAUCCUUCGAGGAGGAGGAGGAAGGAAGGUGAGCAGGGUCUCCUAGGAGGUGAGCUUGGCGGUGGAAUAUUGGAGUAGAAUUAAUCCUCUGGCACUCUCAGUUCUGAGACAAUGCAGUUCUUCCGAGGUGCCGUUGAUCGACCAGCAAGCCUGGCUCAUUAUUAAGAUACGGAAGGGCAGACCGGUCACUGGGAGCAGGAAUUCUUCUCCGCUCCUGUUAGCAGUGUAAGCCAAAGCUUCGAUAAUUAGGGUCAUCCUAGCUGGACAAGUAGCAGGAAGCUUGCCAAAGAGCGCUCUCAAUGGCAAUUUAUGUGGUUCGAGCUGGUUAAACACCAUAACCCAAUGCUUACGCUGGAGUCUCCAAGCCUUAAUUCUGACCAGUCUGCAUCUAAUAUUUUCUCUAAUCAGGUAAGCAGGAUUCCUCACCAUUUAUUCUUUGAAUCCCUUUCAUUAUUUUAGAUACCUCACUUGUAUGUUACCCAUUAAAACUUUAAAUAUUUCCCACUGUUGAUCUGUCAUUUUAAUUGCUAUUUUUCUACCAAAUCUCUCCUUACUAAGUUUUUCAUUCCUAUAAGAUUUGCUGUUUUCUGUAGCAAUAGCCUGUUGCUGUUACACAUUUUUGAAUGUUAUUAAUGUCACUGGUUCCCCUGCCUUCAGGUUGUUAACCUGCGUGGCUCAUUGCCCAGUACCAAAUUAAGUGCUGCAUCCUUCCUUGUGGGAUUAUUACUGUAGCAUCCUGGUCCAAGAAACCAGCUUCGAUCAUCUUGCUAUGUUCUUAAACAAUAUCUUCAUGAAAUUGAUAAAUUUUAGAGAUUCCAAAUCCUGAACUUUAGAGUAACCUCAACUUUCAUCCCGAGCUGGCAUGCAAAUUAUAUGGAAGUGUAUGUUAUUUGUAAAGAAGCUUUGUACAUUAAGAUGUUGGACAUGUAAAUACCAGUCCCUCCAUUAUCAGUUUAUUCUACUGUCAGAUAUCUAUUCUACCACCAUGGUUUGAUAUACAACUUGUAUCAUAUAUGUGUAGAGCUCAACACAGAGACCCACUCUUGUAACCAGACUUGAGCAAACGUAGCUUUUACUCAGUGUUGCCAUACAUGGCAAACGUUGGCAGAAAAAACAGUAAGUUUAAAGAAACUGCUAUCCUUUGUACAAUGAUAUAAGAGACGAUGUGAUGUCUGUCUCUUCAGGAACCUAAUGUUUUUAUGCAGGCUUUCUUUGUGUCUUGCAUUUCAUAAACGUGAGUUCUUUACUACCAAGUCUUGCUUACAGACUAUGUUACAUAAAAUGCAUGUACCAGAUUAUUUCGAUACAAUAGCAGUUUAUUAUUUUGAAGUCUUCCCGACCAAUCUGUCAAUCUUUUUUGUUCAUGUAAGUGACAUGUUUUAGCUGCAAAAGUGGCACUGUUGCCAGUAAAAACAGGUGUCAAACUUUGCAAACAGGCAUUGUAAAUAAUUUAAAUGCAUCACUACUCCAAUUGUGUGAAAAUUUCGACUAUGAAGUUGAAAGGCCACCUCUCAGACAGGAGCUUGCCACUGCAGCAGAGAUUAAAUUUUUCUGAAAAGCAGAAAUGUCUGGAGUGUGCUAGCUGUUCCCCAAAUCACCCCUACUUCCCCAAACCGCCCCAUUGUAGGCAACAGAUCUCUUUACAUCAUCAGUUUUAAUCUUUUGUUACAAAUAAUUUGAUCGAUGGGGGUUAAUUUUAAUUUGUUAGCUGGUAUUUUGUCAUUUGGGUGUGGUGAUAGUCUUAAUAGCUUCCUUCCCACCCAUCCCUCAUUUGCUUGUAGAGAUUAACUUUGUCCUUCAGGUUAUUUUCCCUUGGGUUUGAUGGUUGUGCAUUUUGAUUCACUUCUGGGUGCGAUCUUGUUAUUCUGUGGAUUAAAUGCCUCUAGCGCGAUGGGCCUUAGAGAUAAUUAACAGUGGCAAACAGGCUGUAACUGGCUGCUUUGUGUGUGCCAAGCAGAGUUAUUUACUAACAUUGAGUUACAGAAAGUUUUGCAAUUCCCAGAGCAACAUUUCGCGAUGGUGUUCAAUGCCUGUCUUAUAAUAAAUGACUGUACUUUCAAAGUGAUUGGGGAGAAUUAUUUUCUUAUUUAUGUAUAUUUGCAACUACGUUUUCAUAAAAUGCCAUCAAUCAAGGUCACUGUUGUGUGAAAAUCUUGCAAUGUUUGAAAAGUACCAAAUUCCUUUUCUGAUUCGUGUAUUGAAUGUUUUUAAGAUUUUGUAUAACUGAUGCCAUUAGAAUAUUUCCAGUUUUUCUACUGCGGUACACAGUGGAUUUGGGAUUCUGAAGUAUCUUUGUUGCUAUGAAUAAAUCUAAUAUUGAGAAUGUGUCAGUAUAUUACUGGUAAUUGCAGCCAUUUAGUCAGAUGUUGCUUGGAUUUGUACAUGGAUCAUAUUCCAGUAACAUUAAACUUU